AGAGCCAUUUUGGCUCGAGGAAGCAGCGAAAGCGCUGCGGACAUUCUGCCGGCCGAGCAAGUGGCUGACUGACUGCCACAUUCUCCCGCAAGAUGGCAUUUGUCAAGGUUCUCAAGAACAAGGCCUACUUCAAGCGGUUCCAGGUCAAGAAGCGCCGCAGGCGUGAAGGCAAGACUGAUUUCCAUGCUCGCUGCAAGAUGGUGCGGCAGGACAAGAACAAGUUCAACAAUAAGAAGUACCGGUUCAUCGUGCGCAUAACCAACAGCAGGGUCAUUUGCCAGGUCGCAUACGCCACCAUCCGUGGUGACAUGAUAGUUGCUGCAGCGAGCAGUCACGAGCUUUCCAAGUACGGAAUUCCUGCUGGCUACAAGAACUACGCGGCUUGCUACUGCACUGGAUUGCUCGCUGCACGCCGCGUGCUCAAGAGCAUGGGGCUUGACGAGACCUUCAAGGGUAAGGAGGAGAUUGAUGGCGAGGAAUACCACGUUGAGGAUGAGGAGAACGAGAGGCGUCCACUCAAGUGCAUCUUGGACGUGGGGCUGAGGCGAACCUGCGCAGGCGCGCGCAUGUGGGGCGCGUUGAAGGGCGCCGUCGAUGGCGGUCUCCACAUCCCCCACAGCACCAAGAACUUCCCUGGGUACAAGGCACCCGACGAGAAGGGGCAGGACCCAGAGUACGACGCGGAAGCGCACAAGGACCGCAUCUUCGGCGGGCACGUCAAAGAGUACAUGGAGAUGCUUGCGGAAGAGGACCCGACGAAGUACGAAGCUCACUUCGCCAAGUACAUCGAGGCCGACAUUGACGCGGACAAGCUCGAGGACAUGUACAGCGAUGCGCAUGACAAGAUCAAGGAGGACCCUUCCCCAGAGGAGAAAGAGAAGAAGGACGUAAGCCACGAUCACAAGGGCAACAAGGUCACCAGCUCCGACGGCACCGAGCACGUCCGCAGUGUGAAGUUGUCGCUGAAGCAGCGCCGCGAGAAGGUGGCCGCGAAGAUUCAGGCCGCGCAGGCGCGCAUGCUGGCGGCAGAUGAUUGAGAAGGCGCUGCGAGCUGCCCGCAUGGCGUGUUGACCCAGAGCACAGAUGGCAGAUUAUGUUUCUCCCUUUAUUCUUGUAUUGCGUGAGGUGGUUCGUGAUGCAUGUCUCUGCGUCGUGUUCUGGACCCCCUCGGCCGCGGUCAGCCGACCCUGAGG